AUGGUUACAGAACCGGUUGAGAGACAUGGCAACAGCUCUAAGUGGGUUCGGCCAGCAACUUCUAUUAUCAAGGUAAACUUUGAUGCCUCUUUUGGGAAUGAUAAGCUUGCUAGUUUUGGUUUUGUGGCAUGGGACGAGGAGGGCGAAAUUCUUGCAGCAGGCUCUUUAUAUCCAACGGUGGUUCCAACAUCAACCAUGGCUGAGGCGCUUUGUCUCCGGUGGGUUAUGGAAAUCUCUUCUCAAUUGGUGUUCAGGCGGGUCCAGUUUGAGACUGAUUCUUUUCAGCUUUACUAUGCUUGGAAGAAGGGAACUGGGAGUUCGGUUUUGUUUUCUGUCAUUCAUGAUUGUAUGAGUUUUGUGGGUUUAUUUGACUUUGUUAAUUUAUCUUUUGUUCGUAGACAAGGUAAUAAUUGUGCGGAUUAUAUGGCCCGGAACGCCUCUACUCUAUCAGAUGUGAUAUGGGCAGAGGAGGGUCCCCGGGUUUGUAUGGCCUUUUACAGGCGGAUCUUUUGGCUUCAAUGCCAGUUUGAUUUAAUUUGA